AACCGCGAACAGCCUACUCGUAUUUGGCAUGUUGUCGACCAUCAUCCACCGCAAAGCCGGUUUGGAAUGUGUCCCCUUGCUCCUCCCCAGUAGUCACAAGCAGCUGGCGCGGCCCCUGCAACUUGGUUAUCAAGGCGAAAGCAGUGCCCUUCAGUACUAGUUCCUUUGAGAAUCUGAAUCAUUUAACUGCCACCACAACUGACAUCACUUUCAAGACAAAAAUCAUGCCCAGUCUUGUCCCCCCGACGGCAAGCGCAAGUAGUAACAAGAUUGCGGUACUUACUACGGCCGCGGCCUCCACGUCUGUCGAUGUUGUUGCACCGGAUAUUACCUCCUGCGGUGCAGGAGCCCCUUCCACAAUCACCUCCAAUGACGCAGCUACACCGAGAAUAAAGCAGGACGAACAUCAUGAUCGUCAAGAAAAUCCGAUCAAGCGCAAAGCUUCCGCGGAGAUAGGGAAGGGAAAUUUCACUGCGACAGAAAACAGAAGCCGGAAUAAAAAAAGCGCGACGACUGUAGCGACAAAUCAUGAAAUGAGCAAAAAGAAAAAUCCGUGGUCCAACGAAGACAACACCGGUGUGAGCAGAACGUACUUCCAGCAUUUUUACCACGAUAUUCUGGAAACGCAGAACGUGGAGAAGUUCCACGAUUACUUCACGGAGGACUGCGAAAUUUCGAUCAACGGAAUACAGUACGACGCAAAAGGGUUCACGUCGCGGAUGGAGUGGCUUAUUAAGAGGACAAGUCCCCCCUUCCCAUAUCAAAAUGGAAGUCUGUGAUGCGGGAUUUGUGUACACAAUUCAUUUUGUCAUGCUAGAAGGGAACUGAUGCGGACAGUGGUGCUGGCAGCUGGCGUAGGAAUGCCUCGCGGCCUGAGCAUGACAGGAAGCAACUGGAAACGGGAAACAGCAUGACCAAUUGCCUGCAAACGAGGGUGGAGCAGCUGCGUCUCUUAGCCUGCUAGCAACACAAGUCGACUUGUGUACUCAAAUACAGCAGCACAAAUCUCGUUUUCGCUAUUGGGAGGGGGAUUUUUCCUUGCGAUAUGGCUGCGAGAAAACACGUAUGAACUGCAAAAGUAUCGUACUCGUAUAAAUGCAUGACAAAUUCCCUCAGCAUGAGAAAUGAAAUUUGUAAUGCGGAUUUACGUUGAGAAAAAAAAUUGUAAUGCAUGAUUGCAAUACGAAUACGAUGCUUUUGCACAGGAUAACACGGAGUGGAUCAAGGUGAAGGUUUUGAACAGCUCCGUGUCUAUGGAACUGUCAGAAUCGAAACCAACAAAAUCGAAAUAAUUUGUGAUGCAUGAAAUCGAUACCACUUGGAGCCCCAGUUUCCAAGUGGCGCAUGAGAAAUUUCGGACGCUGCACCAACAUCCAGUCUGCCAUGCUGUUUGGGCAAAGAAGACUGCUCUUGUCAUGCUGCUCUGGCAGGAGCACAUCGGCUUCGCCUAAAGUAGAGGCUUGCAAUUGGUCUCAUUUAUUGCCUGCUUCCCAAUACAGGCCUUGCGUGCCCUACAUUUCAUGCAUUUUCGAUUUUGUCGAUUUUGUCGAUUUCGAUCUCGAUCCUGACACUCCCAUAGUGUCGAACUGCGGGUUGAAAAUUUCCGACGCGCACGAGUCGGUGGGGAUGAAAAAAGUAAAACGUGCCAGUCAAGAACUACCGGACCGGACGUCGGAGAGUUGUGAGUCCUCUUCUAGGAUUUCUUCUUUCGUGCGCGCUAUGGUGCUGCAAAUCAGUGAUUUGUGUCCGCGGACUUUUCGCAUCCGCAAGUUUUUUGAUGCCACCUACCAUCCGCAGGAUCAUGUUAGUGCGGCAAGAAGUGGCGUAGUAGUAGAAGGUGGUGCCGUGAACGCUGAGACGGGAGUAGACGACGUGGUCACGGAACGGAUGGAGACAUCUGCGCACGCGCGAACAGGAGAACCCCGAUCUGCAUCUAGUGUGCAGACGGAACAGCAUUCAGUUUCAGCCUCUGAUUCUUGUGUUUGUGAUAAGGAUCAUCUCGUCCCAGCAGUAGAACGGGGACAAGAAGAAGCUUUAGCACGAAAAACCUCUUUUUCCCUUCCUGGGUGUUGAAGGUUAGGUGAUACAUGAAAAGCGCAGCUGCGACAGGCUCGGUUUUCCGUAGCCCCAUCGCCAAAAUCGCCAACCGCAGGGCUGCAAGCUCAGCGAUUGGCGAUUUUGCUGGGCCAAUGUUCUUGACUAGAGAACUCUUCUAGUCGUGUACUAUUACUUACAGUUGAGAAUCAACAGCAACAGGUGGCACCGAUCACAGAGCGUUAGUUUAUUGUGAUAGUGAAAAAUGAUGAUGAAGAGUACGUAUACGAAGAAUGUGGAUUACACAUUCAAAGACACCUUUGGUGUAAAUGCGCCACUCACGUCGGACUCCGAGAAAUAUUCAAAAAAUGCAUGUGAUUUUCAAAUUAUGUGAUAAGGACGAUACAAAGAGAAUCAUAUUUGCCCCCCUUGCAGCACGGGCGCCACGGCCGCCUCAUCGCGUGCGUCGCGUGGUUUACUUCGCAAGGAACGUUGAAUCAGAAAUAGGC